AUGGUGCUCUCAUUGGUCGUUGACGACACCUCGCUCCUUCUCUUGCUUGUCCUCGUAGCCGCCCUCGCCACCUCCGUCUACGUCUCACGCUCCUAUCAACCUCUCAUUCAUCCACUCAUCCUCACCCGUCAAGCAGACGUCUCGCAAACAAGACAGCCCAAAGAGUCGGCCAUCUAUCGAAACGCCAACUCACCUUCUGGCUUCGACCUUGCUCUCAGGCCCAGGAAGGAGGUCAACGAUAUUGCCGACCUCAUCAAGUAUGGCGCAAAUGGUUCCGAGCGCCACUCGCACAGAUCCAUCUACGGGAAAGCAAAAUCCAACGACGACGUAGCUGGCGAUGCUACGGCCUUUGCUACCGGCUUUAUCAAACUCUCCUCCGCUCCUGUCAACCACACCGUCUUGGCCGUUGUAUCGGAAGUCGAUUCUUACGAGGCUCUCAUUGCCUUGCUUGCCAACACGCACACCUCUGUCAGCUCACGCUUCCAUGCUGCCGUGCUCUCUCCCGAGCAGCUCCACAAACACACCCCCUCUUCCUUGCCCACCACCCUUUCCAACAACGGUGCCCCUUCCGUCAUUGGCGUUUUCACCACCGCUAACUCCAUCGACGCUGUUCUCGCUCUCCCCUUGAUCGACCCUUCCGCUCUCAUCAUUGUUCCCGCCGCCGACUUCGAUCAUGUCAAAAUGCGCGUCAACGACUACUUUGGCGGCUCACAUCGUCUCCGCAUCUACGACUUUACCGCCGUCGUCCAGGCUGGCAGUCGUGGCUCCCUUCUUACCAACGAGGCCGUCAAUCGCCAGGUCAUCGACCGUGUGCAGUCGUUCUACUGGAAUGCUGCCUCAUCCCAGUGGAUCGCUGUUCAGCACGCCAACCUGAUUGCUGGCGUCACAUCCCAGCUUGCCAGCUUCCCCGCUGACAAGAUUCCCACCACCGCUGACCACCUCUUUGUCGAGGGCUCCUCCGCCAUUGAUGCUCCUGCUUCGUCUCUUAUGGCCACACGUACACCCUUCGGAUUCGCACUCGCCCUGACAGCUCUCUACACUGGCUCCGCCAUCACCUCUGACCUUGCCACGGCCAGCUACGACGAUCCCAAUCCCGCUCCUUCCACCGCCUUGGUCCACGCCAAGCCUACCCUCGUCUAUGCCUCCGCCGAGGGCGCUUCCUCGCUCGCCUGUGCUCUUGCCACCUGCAGCCGUCGGUCUCCGCUUGUCUCCUGGGCUACCAAGAACAAGCUCUUCACCCUCCGCAACGGCACCUUUUCGCGCAACGGACUCGCCGACCGUCUCGUGUUUGCACUGCCUCGGCAGAUCACCGGCACUGUCAAUGUCCGCAACGUCUUCAUCGCUGGCCGCGGCGACACUGUUCCUCAGGCUUUGCUAGAUUCCCUGCGCUCCCACUUGGGCUGCUCCGUCCUCAACGCCUACCUACCCAAGUUGAAAGGUGCUGCUGCUACAGCCGCCGUCAGUGCCACUCAUGUGUUUGACCUCCAGGCCUUUGCCGACCACGAGACCGGUGCAAUGCAAGUGCCUGCGCAUGUCGGCCCACCCUCGGUCUCUGCCGAAAUCAAGCUCGUUCAGUCGCAGAUUGCCCUCGAUGCAGGUUUCACCAUCACUGGCGACAGGCAACCUGGACAUCUCGGCGAUCCUAUGGGCGAGAUUCUCGUCCGCGGCAACAUUCUCGCCCGCAGCACUAGCUCGGAAGAUGACGAUGGCUGGUCACCAACCGGCGAUCUCGGCGCUAUCCGUUCCAACGGCACCCUUGUCGUUCUGCGAGACGCGGAUGAGGCCGACGUAGCUGGCGUGCCCACCCUCAGUGCUCGCAAGCCCGUCGUGCGCCAGCGCCGCCAUCGCAGCCUUGGCUCGAGCACAGCAAAGACUGUCGUCACUGCUGCGCUCCUCAUGGCCACCGCGAUUACACCGGCAUCCGCAGCUACAUGGAUGAAGCGUGGCAGCUCGAUCAACAAUACCAUGAGCGAUAUGGCCAAGAUGGGCAUGCUCGUCGGCCAACGUGCAUCGUGGGAGCAGGGCGCUUCGCAGGCAGCUCUGCUCGAACUCGACUAUCCCGGCUGGUCCGUGUUUUCCUCGGUCGGCGGGGGGCCCCCUUUCAAACCAGGCAAAGAGCGAAAGGCGUCGGGUCCGCCGAACGAGGUGAUCGCCAUGGCCUACGCUUCCGCCUCGCGUUCCGAUAAUCUUGGCAGGAUGGCGUUUCGAAUCACAGGCGACGAGCAGACGGGCUCGGGAAGCUCGCUCGACGGCGCUGCGCCCGGCACCGAGGUGCUCCUCGCCGCAUGGCUCGACGGCGAGAUCGACCGCAACACCGGUGCCAUGGGCUCUGGCUUCUACACCGACGCUGUGCGUAACACGCUCGACAUGGUUCUGCGCCGCACGCCUCGAGCUCGCUCUGGUGCUAUCAGCCAUCGGUAUUCGACUGUGGCACUCUGGAGCGACGCCAUCUACAUGAUGCCGCCCUUUCUUUCGUUUUACGGCAUGAUCACGCGCAACAACACGCUCCUCCAGACUGCGUAUGACCAGAUCCGACUCCAUCGUGACGUCAUGCGAUUAACCACGGGCGCAUCCACCAACCUCUGGGGUCACAUUCUGAUCCCGGACAAUAGGACGUGGACCGACGGCGGCGCGUGGGCGACGGGCAACGGUUGGGUGUUGGCUGGUAUGGCCAGGACGUUGGCGACGAUCGAGCAGAGUCAGGCGUCGUCGCAGAUGACGCAGCAGAAGACGGAUCUGGUGAAUUGGAUGCAGGAAAUCCUCGAUGCUUCGUGGCCGCUGCUCGACGAGCGUGCGUUGCUCUUCCACAACUACAUGAACGACACUAGAACGUUUUACGAUAGCGCAGGAACGGCGUUGAUCGCCUACGCCACCUAUCGACUCGCCUCAAUGUCUCCGUCGAACAACAAGUGGAUAUCGCAGGCCGACGUUGUAUACCGCUCGCUAGCUACCUCAUUGAACGAGAUCGGUCAGUUCCGAGAGGGAUACCCAGUCGUGGACGUGCUUGCGUUUGUUCAUCAGGGCGAGACGUCGUCCGAGUCGCUCGCUUUCAUGAUGCUCAUGAACGCAGCCAAGCGCGAUUACCAGAACAACAACGUCGUCCGCAUCACCGCGCCUGGCAUCGCUACCAAUGCGGCUGCUUCGUCCACCUCGACCGCACCUGGUGCCGUGUUGGUUGCCAUUGCUUUUGCAUGCCUCCUCUUCACGCUUCUCUAG